AGAUUUCCGAGUGCAGAUGGCGCUCGCGGACGAUUGUUUUCAAAUAGAAUUACUGUUGACGCAUAACCUGCCGCAACCUUCGUGGAUACGUGGGUUUUAAUCAAUUAUAAUCAUGUUACCUCUGACUUUGCUGAAAACGGCGCAAAACCACCCUAUGCUGGUGGAGCUGAAAAACGGAGAAACGUACAACGGUCACUUAGUCAGCUGUGAUAACUGGAUGAACAUAAACCUCAGAGAGGUUAUAUGUACCUCUAGGGAUGGCGACAAGUUUUGGAGGAUGCCGGAGUGCUAUAUAAGAGGCAGUACGAUAAAGUAUCUGAGAAUUCCUGAUGAAGUGAUAGACAUGGUGAAGGAGGACAUUCAGAUGAAGUCGAGAGGCCGCGGCGAGAUGAAGGGUCGAGGCCAGAGUCAGAGGGGACGCGGCGGUGGUAGAGGUACCUUCGGCAGAGGGGGAAGAGGACCGGCACCGUUGGGUCGUGGGGGCGGCACGCAAGUCGGCAAUAAAUCACAAAAUAAACAAAGACCUAAAUGAAUCCAAAUAGUAUUUUAAUUCUAUUUCAAUUGCAUCUAUAUAUACCUGGCGAACACCUCGGAACUACUAAUCUUUCUUAACGAAAAUUCGUCGCUAUCGUAUUUCUUGUUUCAUGUAAUCUUAUAUGUACAUAAAAUUACAAUCUCGAUUUACGAGCUACAGAGGUACUUUCAUACUCGUGCCGUGAAUGAACAAACUCUUGAUUUUGAAUUAGACACGUUACAUUAAUAUAAACUACUUAUGUUCCAUACUAGCGUUUAUCGACAAUGAUAAAGAACUUAAAAAUAAAGCAUGACGCAUAAUUUGCAAUGUACAAGAGUAAUUUUGAAAUAAAUAAUUCUAGUACAUAUGCGAAUAUUCUUCGAAGUGAUGAAAUAUAUCUCACUUAAAUUUUAGUUUAUCACUGUAAUCGGAAUAAACUUUUCAGAUCGAGUUAGAGCAGCAGGAUAGUCUACAAGAAAUAAAUCUGCAUUUAUAAAA